AUGAAGCACAUAUAUACAUGCUCGUCACAAGUUUUGGUAUCAAUACUCCUGAUAUUGCAGUCGUUUCGACUUGCUCAUGGCCAAGGCUCAUUAACCACAUUCGAUGAGACAUGCCUUGCAGUGGUCAAGGAUAUCUUUUCUGAAGAUCGAAAGGAACUUUUGUGUCAGACUCCAUCAGGGAUGUUCUAUAUCAUCCCAACAGUGGAUGACCUGUGGAUCGAUGAAAAGAUGCUUGACGGGGACCUUGUUAGCGGAGAAGUCUCUAUCGACAUCCCUCCCGGUACAUACGUAGAUCGCCAAACACAAACAUUACUGGUGACCGAACCACCAAAGUUACUCUACUUCAGUGAUCCCUCAAGAAGGCUUCACAGACAACUGGCAAGAGUCACUGGUGAUAAAAGUGUCCUGGUUGUCCGAGUAUCUGCUUCCAACAGUGAUGUCUCCUCCAAUGAAAGAGAGUUGUCCACAUCUGUUUUUGGAGGUUCCGAUGAUUUUGUCAACCUAAAGUCUCAGUACGCCGCAUGCUCCCAUGGAAAACUCAACUUUCAGAAGCGACCUAACAUGAAUGGACUGACUACGAACAUCAGAGACGGUGUCGUCACGAUCCGAGUGAACAUGCCCAUUCAAGUUGGUUACAUGACGAUAGUCAAUGAAGUAUCCAGGACAGUCGAAGAAGAAUUUGGAACUACGAUAAAUGGUAUUGCGAAUCAUGUAUUGUAUUGUAUGCCAAAAGGAGCAUUUAGUGGUGUUGGGUAUGCAAUUAUGAAUGGUGUACUUUCCGUUUACAACAAUGACUUGUGCACCUCUGUGAGUUCAACGAUGCACGAAAUCGGCCACAAUUUGAACCUCGGUCAUUCCGGUAUGGGCAGUGACGAAUACGGAGACCGAACUGGUUUGAUGGGAUACUCAAUGAGAUCGGAUGAGACGCCCAAGAUGUGCUUCAAUGCCGCCAAGCUCUUUCAGCUUCGUUGGUUCGAUGACAAGGCCGUAUCCUUUACGCCGGGUCAAAAGAAUUGGAAUUUUGAGCGAACCUUGAAUCUCGCAAGCACUGUGGACUAUCCUACCACUCGUAGCUCCGUCUUGAUUGAGAUUCUUCAGCCCAAUCUUCGACUCAAUUACUACAUUGGCUUCAAUGCCGCCAAGGGCUUCAACUCUGGCGUCUUUCACGCCAAAAAUCAAGUGGUUGUGUAUGAAAAGCCGACUGUCGAUGGGAAUGAUUCCUGGAGAGUCGCAGACUUGUCCAGAGGCCAUAGACACACCAUUUCCAACUUUAAUGGUGUGGCAGGGGACACUCUCAACAUAGAUGUGUUGAACAUUGAUCUAUCAGCAGGAGAAGCUCAAGUGAGAAUCAAGCUGAAUCGAUUUGGAAGACCACCGACUCGUCCUCCUACCAGGCCACCCACUCGGAUGCCCACUCCAAGACCUACUCCCAGACCUACCCGUCUCACGCCUAGUCCCACCCGAGGUGUCAUCGGAAGAAAUCCCACCAUUGACGUGCCAACCGCCGGAAACCCAUCGUGCAAACGCAAUAUGGAAGACUGCGAGUCUACCGACGAGUGCUGUUUUGGUUAUUCAUGUCGUAGAAUCUCCAACGACGCUGGCUUUUCUAGCGUUUGCCGGACGGUUCCCAAGAAUAGCAAGGAUAAGCUGCCUCGAACCGAGCUGUAUUGGUGGGAGCGCCGAUUACGAGGUGAUGCUUCCGCCAACACUCCUGACGAAUUGGACGAAGUGGAACAUGCGAAUGAGGAUAGAGCCUAG